CCCGUGAAAUUUUGAGAAUUGUUCUCCGUCGUCGUCGACACCGAUUGGGUUAAAGAAAAAAAGAAAAAAAUAAAAUCGAUUAACGACUCUUCCCCUAUAUUUAUUCUCUUACCUGCAGUCAGACCCACUACUUCUACUUCCUAUCCCCUUAAAAAGAGUAACUUAAACAGCAUCAGCAGCUAGAUCGUCGAACAAAACCAAAACAAGAAAAGAAAAGAAAAGAAAAGAAAAGAAAGAACAAAAUGGAUCAAGAGUCACUCUCAGAAUCCCCAGAUAUGUUGCCAUCUUCGUCUACGGCACAAUCGCAGCCAGAUCCAUCUCUUUCAAGGAACGUCUCUUUUAGCCGGCUCAACGCUCAGGCGCCAGAAUUUGUACCCACUCGACCCACCCCGCGGACCGAUUUGCAACAACCUAGGCUCGUAGUACCGCCGCCGCCGCCACCUCCUCCUCCGGCUUCAGGUAUGGUGCACGUUUACUCACCGCCCCCAACUUCGCCGUUCCAUAUACCGAUUCAGGGUCAUGUCGUCCCGGUUCAGAAUCAUCACCAUCAUCAUCAUCAUCUUGCCCACCAGCAUCACGUUCCGGUUCACUACAGGUCUCAUCAUCAUUCGCAUCAGUAUUAUGUUAGCUCUGAUUCCGGUGUGCAGCAGUCUCAAGUUGACCCAGAUCAUACCCCUUCUUCCAAAAGCAAGCUGUCCGAUGAAGCUAGUCAGAAAAUUUUAAAUCAGGUGGAGUAUUAUUUCAGUGAUUUAAACUUGGCUACUACCGAUCAUUUGAUGAGGUUCAUCAACAAAGAUCCAGAAGGCUUUGUGCCUAUAUCUGUUGUUGCAUCUUUCAAGAAGAUAAAGGCCCUCAUAACCAGUCACUCCCAACUUGCAACUAUUUUGAGGAACUCAUCAAAGCUUGUGGUUAGUGAAGAUGGAAAGAAAAUCAAACGCCAGUGUCCCCUGACUGAGUCUGAUGUAGAAGAGCUACAUUCUCGCAUUGUUGUAGCUGAAAACCUACCUGAGGAUCAUUGCCAUCAAAAUCUCAUGAAGGUUUUCUCUGCUGUUGGGAGUGUGAAGACUAUCCGUACCUGUCCACCUCAAACCUCCAAUAAUGGGGCUGCUUCUGCUUCAAGAUUAGGAAAAGUUGAUGGCAUGCCUUUAUCUAACAAGUUGCAUGCAUUUGUUGAAUAUGAAUCUGUUGAGCUGGCUGAGAGAGCAGUUGCUGAGCUGAAUGAUGAGGGAAACUGGCGGAGUGGCCUCCGGGUUCGCCUAAUGCAUAGACGCAUGUCAAAAACUGCUCAAGGACGAGGAAAGAAAGGACUUGAUGUUGAAGUUGGGUGUGAGGAGGAUUAUACUCCUGUCCUAGAGCCGCAGGCAGGUGAGAAACAAUUAGAAGAUGCUUCCUUUCCUGAUACUCAGCUGCAUGAACAUGGGGGAGAAGAGCAUGGUUUUGACAAAGAGAGCGGGCAGAGGAAAGGUCGGAGCCGGGGCCGGGGUAAGGGACGGGGUCGAGUUCAUUGUCAUCAAAAUAAUCGUGUGAAUCACUUGGGAACACCCCCUUCCACUAAUACAAUUUUAACUGAUCAAGUUGUUGCCAAGCAGCCACCCGGGCCUCGUAUGCCGGAUGGCACAAGAGGAUUUUCAAUGGGUCGGGGGAAGCCGGUAGCUGUUAAUAUAGCAUAAUUUGUUUGAUCAAUGCCGAAACAAGUGUGUAAUUGUGCUUGUAGCUGAGUAUAUUUUGCUGCUGGAACAGAAUGAUUAUGGAGUACUAUUUUGGCUGGGGCGAUUCUCAAACACUAUUUGUUAACGUGUUGUUUUUCUUUUGGAGAUGUUGUGGCUAUUUCAGGAGAAAGUAGACAAAAUAUAUAUGGAAAGGCAGACCGAAGUGGCGAGG